AUGGAAUUCCCAAAAUUGUUAUUACAUAUCGGUUUAAUAUUGGCUACAGUCACGGACUUGUGUGUCGCUGAUGAUCCAAAUCCAAUACAUCGUUUACCCACCAACUCAGCACCAUUUGAUUAUAACCUUAGUCUGAUUAUUCCAGAUCUCGAAAAAAGCAAUACUUUUCACGGUGAAAUCAGAGUCACUGUCACCAUUUUUCGCGAUUUGUUUGAGAUAAGCUUACACUCGCAAGGAUUAGAAAUAAAUAAAACGGCGACAACGUUAACGACGACAACGUUGACGAACAACACAAUAACAUAUAAACCGACGGAACAUACUUAUGACCAUGAAACAAAUAUAUUAACGCUACAUUUCGAACGGCAAUUGUUUUGCGGCACAUCUUACAUCCUGAACAUGAAGUUUGCUGGUAAUUUCUCUCAGACUGAUCUUUUUGAGCUCGGUGGUUUUAUAAAAAUUCCGUACACAGACGAGAAAGGAUACAAAAAAUAUAACAGGACGUUGGCCGCAACAUACCUUCAGCCGAAUAAAGCCAGACGGGUGUUUCCAUGUUGGGACGAGCCAGAGAUGUAUUCUUCCUUCUAUAUCUCCGUGAGGCAUCAUCAAAAAUACAAUGUAUUGUCAAAUUGGCCGAUCCGAAAGCAAUACAACGUAGAAAAUGACAUGAAAUGGACACACUUUAAACGCACUUAUCUAAUGUCCACUUAUAUUGUGGGAAUUGUGAUUGUAUCAAAUUUUGCUCACGUUAGUAACACGAACCAGUCCGUUAAUGUAUGGUGCAGAUCGUCUUUAACGUCGCAAGCAAGAUUCGUGCUAAGCAUUGCCGAACGGAUCAUGCCGCUCUUGGAGAAGUAUAUCGGUAAAAUCAAUCUGGCACCGAAAAUAGAUCACGUCAUCGUACCAGGUUACCCCAAAGCCUCCAUGGGAGAUUGGGGAAUCAUCAUUUACAAAGAAUCAAAAGUUGUCUACGAUGAUAGCAAGGAUCCUACAUUUUGGAAAAGGAAUGUAGCUUCUCAUGUAGCAAAUGGAAUCGCACAUCAGUGGUUCGGCACUUUCCUCACCUUACGUUGGUGGACUGACAUAUGGUUAAUUGAAGGAUUUGCUGUGUAUUUCCAGGUGUAUUUCCUCGACAAGAUAUUUAAAAACUGGCGGCCAAUGGACUUAUUCGUUACUGGGGUCAUACACCCUACUCUCCAACUAGAUGAUGGCUUACUGGGUUCUAUUAGAUUGAACCUUUAUGAUAACGAUACCUUGGAUCGUAAUCAUCUCUAUGUUGAUCAAGUUCUUAAAAAAGCUCCAGCUAUAUUGCGCAUGUUACAUCAUGCAGUGGGCGACGAGGUAUUUCGAAAGGGUAUCACCAACUAUUUCGCUAGACAUAGAUUUGAUAUGGCGGUCACUCGCUAUGGUUUGUGGAUCGCCAUGCAAAGUGCUAAAGACGAAGUUUCUUACGUCCCUUACAUGCGAGAUCAAAAUUUCACAAUAGAAGAAGUGAUGGAUACAUGGAUAGUCCAAAAUCGUUAUCCUGUGCUGAAUGUAACGAUGAAUUACAAAACUGGUGAAGUAGCAAUAACACAAACAAGUUUCCACGCAACUGAAGAUAUCAAUAAUAAAUGGUGGAUACCCAUAUCCUACACUGACGCGAGCUCUCCGGAUUUUUCCAAUACUAUGCCCAAUAAUUGGUUAAAACCAAACGAAACUCUUAGAGUGCAAAUUAAUACAAGAGGUUGGAUUAUCGUCAAUAUACAACAAACUGCAUACUGUCGUGUCUAUUACGAUACUACAAAUAUGAAAAAAAUCAUACGUUACUUGAAUUCUGAGGAAUACACGAAAAUACACGUUCUCAAUCGUGCUCAAAUUAUCGAUGAUGCAUAUGCCUUUUUGCUCGAAGAUCAACUAGAUAGCUCCGUAUUCAUAAAUCUUAUAAACUACCUAAAACGAGAGAGAGAUUAUGUGGCAUGGAUUCCAAUGUUCCAAAUAUUAAAACGGAAUGAAAAGUACUUUUCACUGCCAGAGAGUGAAGGUUUCAAGUCGUAUAUGGUACAAAUCUUUGAUGAGGUUCUUCAACAUGUGGGAUACGAAGAAAAUCCUGAUGAUGACGAUUUCACUAAGAAACUAAGGCUGAAGGCCACGAAAUGGGCAUGUACCGUCGGUCACGCGGAAUGCAAGAGAAACGCCGCCGUUAAAUUGAGCGAACAUUUCGCGGAUCCUGAUACUCACAAGGUUCCACAAUGGUGGCAAGAUUGGACAUACUGCUUUGGUUUAGCGGUAGCUAAUAGGACUACUUGGGAUAAAAUGAUGGCACUAUAUCAGCAAACAUCUGAUAAGAAACUUUGGAAAAUAUUGAAUUGUGCUGAAGAUCCUGAUAUCAUUAUCAACUAUUUGAAUAUUACAGCAUCCAAUACUACAUUAUUUAAGGAUGAGCAGCAUGCAUUGAUCUUCAAUUUAAUUCUUCAAAACCAUGCACGCAACGAUUUGGUCCUUGACUACAUAUUAGCAAAUUUCAAUCAUAUAAAAAGAAAUAUUCCUGGAAGCAAGACGAUAAAUUAUAUCAUUAAGAAUGUUUUUUCUGAUGAACAAAUGUCUAAGGUGAAAAGAUUAGCAGAGACUCGUUUUCAUCAAAUGCCAGAGAUUUUGUCAAACAUUAUAGAUCUGAUAGAACAGCGUAAAAGUGAUGUUGAAGAGUUGUCAGAUAUUUUUGCAGAGCGAUUUGGAAGAAGUCAAAGUUUAAUUGAUCAAUUAAAAUAUCAGAUUAUGAUGAAGAAGAUGUCAUAAUAGGUUAAAAAUAUCAAAUGUGAUGCAAGACCUAUAAUUAUCUGAAUAAUUUUUUG